AUGUCGACAAUUUUAACUCCUAUUGAAGAGCAUUACUUAAAGAGAGAAGUAUUGAAGAUUCAAUUAGAUAGAGAGUUUGAGCAAUUGAAUGAUCCCCAUGCAUUAAGGAAAUUUGGGUUCCCGUUUACUAGUCAUGAUCCUAAAGAUUUGCAUAAAUCGUCAUCGACUGUAAAUUUAUUCAAUAAAUUCAGACUGACUUCUCUUGUUCAAAAUGAUCCGGAAGCAGCUGAACUAAGUAAACUAGAUAUAAAGGAUGAUGUGUCGAAUAUUGAAAAAACUAAGUUUCCUAUAUUAAGUUUUGUUCUCCAGAAAUUUAUUAUGACCUUUCCUUUACUUUCGAAAAAUCUGGUAAAUGAUGAAACCUUUUGGCAAAUGAAAGUUCAAGUCUUUUUUGAACAUUUUAUGUCAUUGCAAUUUAGUAAUAGUAUAGAUAGAGAACAGACAACAAAAAGGAAAAAAAUUGCUAAAAAAUUGACUAAAAUUAUUCUUCUAUUAUUCAAUUCAGGAAUUGGAUCAAGUUUAGAAGUACAGUAUUACAAUGAGGACAAAAUUAAAAUACAAGAUGACGGGGCAAGGGAAAGAUCUCAAAUUGAGCAGUUUGCCAUACCUACAAAACAAAACUUAAGAGAUUUCUUAACAAAAGAGCCUGUAUUCGAGAAUGGUUGGGAUGUAAAUAUUAUUGCAGUAAUUGAAGAAUCAGAUCUGCCAGAUGGAAUCUCAGAAUCUAAAAUUUCAAAUGAAGAUAAGAAUAAAAUGAGUAGCAUCCCUCUGUCACCAAAAAAAGCUACUUCAUGGGCUAAGACAUUUGGUUUCUCGCAACCAAAGUCAUCUGGCAUAUUCUCUAGCUUUUCGAACUCUGAUGAGAAAGUCACAAAAGGUUCCAAUAUGAAGUCUAGCCAUUAUUACUUUAUGAUUAAAUUAAGAAAUGAAGAAUCAGACAAUAAAUAUGAUGACUCUAAGACUAAAUAUACUGUCAAAACAUACGAUGAAUUUAAAGCUCUUUCAAAAGCUUUAAAGCAUGAAUUUCCAGGAAAGGAUCUGCCAAAAUUGCCACAUAAAAAUAAGAAAAGUACACAUAUGAUAACAUCAAUAAAUGGAUAUGAUAAAAAAGCUAGUAACAUGACUCCAAAAGAGCAAAUCGUAGCUACUUUUGAAUCUGAAGAGAAUUUUGAAGUAACUGAUAAUCGUGAAAAUAGAAAUGCAAUUGAUAAUAUUCUCAAUUCCGAUAUAGAUCAAUACUCAGAUGAUGAUUCAUCUACAGAAUCUUUUGGAGAUGAUGAUAAAUUUGAGGAUGCUACUAAUUCUAAAAGUAACAUACUACCAUUUGAAAAGCUGAGAACUUCCUUAAGGCAGUAUUUAAGAAAUCUGACUAAAGAUAAUGAAGUUAUAUCAAAUAAGAUAUUUAUUGAAUUUUUCAAUUGUCAGAAUUUAGUCGAUAGCUCAUUUAAUGAUAAAAUAAGGGAAGAUAUUUCCAAUAGGGAAUUAAUGGAUAUAACUAAUCUAGAAAAUCAAAUUCAAUUUCAAAAGAUUGCACUAGAAAGAUCAAUGGAAUUACAAAAUGUGAUGACCAGUUUUAAAGAUAACUUUAUAAAAGAUAAAACAUUCCUAUUAUCUUGUGUUAGAGAAAUUAAAAAACAUAAUAAAGUUGAAGAUCUAUCGCCACUGUUGAGAAACUUUAUUGAAUGGUGUAAGGUUUAUUUAUCAUCAACAAUUUAUCAACUGUUUCUUGGAAACGAUAAUAGUUAUGAAUUUUUUUCUCAAAUUAAACGAUUACAUAGGUUAGUCCCUUACUCUGUAAUGAGCCAAAUAAUGAAAUACACCAAUCCUAUGGCUAUCAUGAAAGCCAUGAUGGAAUUAUUUAUGGCACAACCUUUUGGCGGCAAGUCAUUGUUACAAACAAUGUUUUCUUCCAUUUUAGCAGAUGAUUUGAAAAGUCAAGAUGAAGUAAUUAAGCAAUUAGAAGAAAAAAUAAAGAAAAAAUUUCAAUUAGGUGAACAAGUUAUUGAAAUAUUUAAAAAAUCAGUUUACAAUAAUGAAAAGUAUGAAUAUAUCUCCAUGUCUUUUAUUUAUUCAGAGACAGAAGCCACUCACAUGCCAUCGGCUAUGUUAUUACUUCUACAUUGUGCAGAAAAAAACUAUAUUUCUCCAGAGGCAUUAGACAUAAUUACAGAAUCUUAUAUGGACUGGAAAUCCAUUAAUGAGUCUGAAAAUGAUAUUGAAACUAUCCAUGAUGAAAAGAACAAGAAUGCGGAGUUAUUCUCCAAUAUUAAAGAAUUGUUGCAAUUAUACAUAAAAGAAAGAGAUAAACAAUUACUACAACAAUUAUGGCAAGACCCAGAGUUAAUACAACUAUUAAAAUCUAUGGUCACGAUGAUCUAUGAACCAAUUGUAAAGAUAUUUAAAAUUGCCAGAGUUGAUAUCGCAUUAAAAAAUUUCGAACGUUUUAUGAACGAUUUGAUUAAAUUAAUGGAUGGUGUUAUCAACGGGGAUCUAGGUGCAUCCGCUGAAUUCAAUGUGGUCGAAGCUAUCAGUGAUUUAGUCACUGCGCAUCAAGAUUCAUUUUUUGAGUUCGUGCAUGAUGUUUAUAACAAUGAUACUGAAGGUGUUUUUGAAGGUUUCAUUACAUGGAUAUUAGGAAUCAAUGAAUUUCUUCAAAAUAGUAAGUAUGGAGAACCAACAACAAGAAUUGAUUUUAGUAAGUUGUUACAGGCUAGUUCCAUUCACACUGACUCUGUGCGUACUGAAAUAGAUAAUGUUAUCGACCAAAAGCUUACGGGGCGUAAAAUAUAUAAUCAAUUACUGGAAUUGAAAACUAAAGAAACUGCUGAGAAAGAUAAAAAAUCGACAAAUGUUGUGGAUAAAAACUGGAAGCAUAUUAAUUCUAUGGUAAUGACGGACAAUUCUUUUUCGUUUGGUGUUGCUGAUGGUGAUCUGCUCGAUCUUGAUCUUGAUACAAAAGAUUAUGAAGUGUUGCAUAGAAAUGGUGAAGAUUCUUUAGAAAUUAAGUACCAAGAAAUCUUGAAUAAAACUAUAAAUACCGAUGAGAUUAAAAAAUUUGCUAUACAAGAUUUUGAGAAAGAAUUGAAAGAAUUCUUAAAAAGGAAUGGUGUAGAAUAA